CUAGGGUUUUGGGUGUGUGUAAAGGAAAAAUUCCAUUUCGUCACUCACUGCGUAUUUCUUCUUCCUCUUCUUCUGCGCCUUCUUUCUUCUUUCUUCUGGUUCUGCAUUUUUCUCGAAUUGCGGAAAGAGAAGAAAUGCUGGACAUCAACCUCUUCAGAGAAGAGAAGGGGGGAAACCCCGAGAUCAUUCGCGAAUCCCAACGUCGUCGUUUCGCUAACGUUGAUAUCGUCGACGAGAUCAUCAAGCUCGACAAAGAAUGGCGUCAACGCCAAUUCGAGUUCGAGAAUCUUCGGAAGGAGUUCAACAAGAUCAACAAGCAAGUUGCUCAGCUCAGAAUUUCCGGUGGGGAUGCAACUGAGAUGAUUAAGAACACAGAGGAUCACAAGAAAUCAAUAGCGGAGAAAGAGGUUGAAGUUAAGGAAGCUUUGAAACAGUUGAAUUCAAUAUUGGAAAUUAUUGGAAACCUUGUUCAUGAUUCCGUUCCCAUUAGUAAUGACGAGGCUAAUAAUGCUGUGAUUAGAUUGUGGGGUGAGAAACGGCUGGAACCGAAAUUAAAGAAUCAUGUUGAGCUUGUUGAGCUUCUUGGGAUUGCCGAUACGAAGAAAGGUACUGAUGUAGCUGGAGGAAGAGGUUUUUAUCUGAAAGGAGAUGGUGUGCAUCUUAAUCAAGCUCUGAUAAACUUUGGCCUUCAGUUCUUGGAGAAAAGGGAAUUUACAGCAUUGCAUACUCCAUUCUUCAUGAGGAAAGAUAUCAUGGCAAAGUGUGCUCAAUUAGCUCAAUUUGAUGAAGAGCUUUACAAGGUAACUGGUGAGGGUGAUGACAAAUAUCUGAUUGCUACAGCCGAACAGCCACUUUGUGCAUAUCAUUUAGAUGAUUGGAUCCAUCCUUCGCAGCUACCCAUAAGAUAUGCUGGAUAUUCGUCUUGCUUCCGUAAAGAAGCUGGUUCACAUGGUCGAGAUACUUUGGGUAUAUUCCGAGUUCACCAAUUUGAGAAAGUGGAGCAAUUUUGUCUUACAAGCCCAAAUGGUAAUGACUCAUGGGAUAUGCACGAGGAAAUGAUCAAGAAUUCUGAGGACUUCUACAAGAUGCUGAAAAUCCCCUAUCAGGUGGUUUCUAUUGUUUCCGGAGCUCUAAAUGAUGCUGCUGCGAAGAAGUAUGACUUGGAGGGAUGGUUUCCUGCAUCUCAGACUUACAGAGAGCUGGUAUCCUGCUCAAACUGUACCGACUAUCAAUCGAGAAGAUUAGAAAUUCGAUUUGGGCAGAAAAAGGCCAAUGAUCAGACAAAGCAAUACGUUCACUUGUUGAACUCUACUCUGACGGCUACAGAGAGGACUUUGUGCUGCAUUCUGGAGAAUUACCAGAAGGAAGACGGUGUUGAGAUACCGGAGGCUUUGCAAGGAUAUAUGGGCGGGAAGACGUUCCUUCCAUUCAAAAACAAACCAGCCAGUGAAACCAAAGGGAAGAAAUCAAAGGCCUAGUUUAACAUUUCAUUAGAACUUCAUAUGAAAAAUAGAUGACCAGUGAGAUUUAGUUAUGAAGCACACCCGAAACAUAUGAAAAAAGAAAGCACUUGUUGCACAACAUACGGCGGAAACGAGUUUCAACCACAAAUUAUUUUUAAUGCAUUUGUUAUCCAACUCUAAACCUUCUUGAUUUUGUGAUCAUUGUUUUGACGUGGUUAUGUAUAAUUUUUGAAACUUCUAAUGAAUUUAUCGUUUUGCAA